GUCACAAGUUCGCAAACAACUCAAACUCUCACAACACUACAUUCAUCAUGGUCGCGCGGAAGAACAAGGACGAGUACGAUGAUGAUCUUGACGACGAGGAAGUGGAGGAUGGGCUCGGUGAUGCCCCGCCAUCUGUCGAUCCUUACGAGGUCCUCCAACUUGAAAAAGAAGCCACCGCAGACGACGUGAAGAAAGCCUAUCGCAAACUUGCUCUCAAGCACCAUCCCGAUAAGGCUCCAGAGUCUGAGAAGACCGCUGCAAACAAGAAAUUCCAAGAAAUCGCAUUCGCAUACGCCGUCCUGUCUGAUGAGCGCCGUCGCAAACGCUACGAUCUCACCGGAAGCACCGCCGAGUCGCUCGAAGAUGACGAAGACUUCGAUUGGCUCUCCUUUUACCGGGAGCAAUUUGACGAUGUGGUCAGCCAGCAAAACAUUCAGAGGAUCUCGGACGAAUACAAAGGAAGUGCACAGGAGCGGGAGGAUAUUCUGAACGCGUACUGCAAAUUCAAGGGAAAUCUGGACUCCAUCUACGACGUUGUCAUGCUAUCAGACAUACUAGAAGACGACGACCGGUUCCGAGGCAUUAUCGACGAAGAAAUUGAGAAAGGCACGAUUGAGUCGUUCCCAAGAUACGCGAAACUGACGGACAGUGAUCGUGCAAAAGCAAAGACAAAAGAGAGGAAGAGGCGUGAAGAUUUUGAUGUGCAGCACGGCAAGGAUGCGGCAGACAAAGCGAAGGCGAAGCAGAGGAGCAAGAAGAAUAACACAAGCGAUCUCGGCGACCUGGCAGCGUUGAUCCAGCAAAGGCAGAAGUCUCGAGCAGGCAAUUUCUUCGACAAUCUAGAAGCCAAGUACGCACCGAAGUCCAGGUCUAAGAAACGCGCGACCCCUAUGGACGAGGACGAACCAUCUGAAGAAGCCUUCCAAGCCGCGCAGGCACGGUUGAAGAAGCCAAAGAGCAAGGCUGGAGGUAAACCAAGCCGACGGAAGGUGGUUGAUGAGGACGAAGAGGAUGAUCUUGAGGAGGAAGACCUCGAGGAACCCGAAUUGUCAGAGCGGUCCGAUAGUCCCCCGAGGAAGAAGAAGCGGACACUGAGACGGGGCAAAGCCCACUCAUGA